UUUUGUUUAUGGUUUGGAGGACACAAAAUGUUCGAUGAUAAUUGAAACUAAAUCAAUAGUUAUGUACAAAUAAUCAAGUUUUAAUUUAGUUUUUAAUGGGCAAUUCGCAAAACAAAAACAGUCAGCAAGGGACCUCAUCCCAAUCAAUACAAUUAAAGCGUGAUAAACAAGCUUUCGCUAGCCAGUUCAGUUUGUCGCAUUUCGUCGGUAAUCUUAGCGGGCGGUCGUUCCUGAGUGUAGCAAGCAAUCAGUCCGUGUACAGCACUUCGCGACCUUGGUCUCGGGUGUCCAGGCGAAGGUGGAAUGACUCAACCCUAAAGAACCCUCUGGAGGCCAGUAAAACCGCCUGGCCCGUCGCCCACAAAGAGUCCAUCUUCCUACCGGAAUUUCCCAUCUCCACAGAGCUGCAACAAAGCGAUUUCCAAAUAGACAAGACCAUAGCCAAAGGAGCAUUUGGAGAGGUCUACAAAGUGAAAAAAGUUAGCGAAAAUAAAGCAUACGCACUGAAAGUGCUGAAUAAGGCACAGAUAGUGAAUGAGAACGCAAUACGUCAAGUGAAAGAGGAGGCGCGUAUACAGACCGCGUGUGGCCACCAUUCCUUCAUAGCCGGCGCUGUUUCACGGUGGCAGACUAAGAAAAGACUGUAUAUAGUUUCAGAAUACAUUCCUGGCGGAGAACUGUUAGCUUUACUUGAUAAGUACGGAAAGUUACCUGAGGAACUAGUGAAGAUAUUUGUGGCCGAAAUCGCUAUUGCUUUAGAUUUCCUCCACAACGCCGGCGUCGUAUACCGAGACCUGAAGCCGGAGAACAUCCUCCUUGAUUCAGAGGGUCACAUUCGUCUGAUAGACUUCGGGCUGUCCAAGUGGCUGUCCAUAGGGUCCAGAACUACGACUCUCUGCGGCACUCUAAAAUAUAUGGCGCCAGAGGUGUUAAGUCGAGAGCCGUAUGGACACGCCGUGGAUUGGUGGUCACUAGGAGUCCUCACUUGCCGAAUGUUGACUAAUGAGUAUCCAACGCCUGCCGCUAGCAGAAUAGCAAUAAGCGACACAGCUAGCAAUGGAGUUAAUGAAAACGACAAAGCCAAAGGACAUAUAACACGAAGCGCUCCCGGAACACUGCCAGAGUCCGCCAUGGAGCUGCCCAAAUCUAGUCGUGGUCUGCUGAUGAGGCUUCUAGAAAGAGACCCCAGGGUCCGCAUGAGAAGUCUGAGACAGUUACAGCAAUCCGCGUUCUAUAUGGCCUUCAAUUUUGAACAUGUCAAAGCUAAAAAGGUCAGCCCACAGACUAUAUUGAAGAGUUACUUCCCGGAUGAAUUAUCGGAACUAGCAGUAGAAAAUAUACGUUUAGAUAGCAAAGACGAUUUCCCGAUCUUCGAUCAACCACCUUCCUUGUAGCACAUUCUUACAUAUUUACAUGCAUAUAGCCACAGCUAGGUAUAUCUUUCGCGGAGCAGACAUGACUGAAAGGCCAUCACGUCCAGCAGUAUAGCUUAAUGAUGGAAUUGAAAUUCAACUUGGGGCAGCAUGCUAAACCAUCCCUUAGUCACUUUUAAUUCUGUAACUUAAAUGUUUAAUAAAUAAUAUUAUCAACAUAUUAAUAUUGAAAAUAAUUUAGCUUGUACCUUGA